UAUUGUAUGUUUGGAGUAAUUCCUAUAUGUUUGGAUAUUUUCAUGCCAUUGAAUGAAUCGCGUCCUAGAUAUUUGCCAGCUCAACUUGAAUACUAUUUUUUUGAUAGAAAUGAGUAUUAUACAUUUACAUAUAUGCAUUUUGGUAUUAUUGGUUCAUAUGCUGUCAUGCUUAUUGUAAUAAACGAUGUUGGACUCUUUACAUUUUCUCGACAUGCCUGCGCAAUGUUUUGUGUCUUACGAUACAGAUUAAAGAAUAUUAAUAAUAAUGAAGAUGGUGAACGUAUUGAUGAUUCUAACGUUCAUAAGAUAUAUAAAAAUAUACGAUCUUGUGCAAUACUACAUGAUAGAAUACUUAUAUUUUUAGAAAAUACUAAUUCUUGCUUUGCCAUGUGUUUAUUGUUUCUAAUUUGUGUGACUAUAAUAAUUAUGAGUUUUAAUGGUUCAAUGAUAAUCCUAAAUAUGCACGACAAUACGUAUUUAUUGAGAGGAGUAAGUGUUUCCAUGGGACAAAUUAUCCAUGUAUUUUUUAAUUGUUUUACUGGUCAGAUGGUACAAUCUCAUAGCGCAAAUAUGCCAAAUUAUAUAUAUGAUCACGAAUGGUAUAAUUCGAAUCAUAAAAUCAAAAUGGUAAUAUAUUUUAUGAUAUUAAAAAGUAAAACUGAAUGUUCUUUAUGUGUUGGCAAAACUGCAGUUUUAGGUUUAGAAUUAUUUACCACGGUAAGCAUAUCACUGUGAAAAGAAAGUACUAAAACAUUACCGAUUUUAGAUAUCAAAAUAGAACCAAAUGACAAUUUAGUACCUGAAGUCGGUAUUAAAUUAAUACCUUUCUUUUUACAGUGAUAAAUUGAUGCUAUAUGAG